AUGGCUGAAACCGCCCGCCAGAAGCCCGCCGGCCCUCCCUCGUCGCCGAUUCUCUGCACGCCCGCAGACUUCGUCCCCGUCUGGGCCAGAAGUCACGUGAAGUACGCCCAGAACCUGCUCGAGCUGAGCGACGAACCGAUCGAGUACGACGACGACGAGGACUACAACGACAACUGCUUCUUCUUCCCCGAGGACUGCGUCUACAAUCCGCCCCCGGACCUGGCCAGCAACCCGGAUGCCUCUGCGGCCGACGAGACAGACUCGGACUCGGACAGCCUACUCCUCCAAGACGACCUUGACGGCGACGACGACACAGACGGCGCCAUGGCUCCCGCACUGCCGGAGAUCAAGAUGCUCGACACAACGGCCCUCAACGACCUACUUUCCGACAAUCUCUCGCCGCCAGAGAUAACAUCUAUAUUGUGCGUCGUUUUUGCGUUUGAUCCAGCUUUGUUUUCUUUGAUGAUAGUCCAUUUUCAGCUCGCUAAUAUCACACCUAGUAUCUUUGCUUCGAAUGGUGCAGUCUUUGCGCAUGCUUCUCCCCUCCCCCAGCGCAGAAUACGGAACCUGUGCGCUACGUACGGAGCUGCGUACAAGUCGUACGCUGUUAAGGCUCCCAAUGGCAACCUCACUGGUGUCAGCGCCUCCAUUCACCCCUCCGCCUUUUCCAGCACUCCAUCCAUCCCACUGGGAAACGUGGGCUCCAUCAUGUUCGAGAUGCAAGAUAUGGUGGCCGUGGUCACCAAGAUAGCAGACAAGGUCCUUCUUGCCGUCGCUGGGCCUACCCGCAUCGUUGAAGAGCAGCCUGCUCCUCGGACGACACAGCAAGGAGGAGACCUUGCUGGCAGAGCGAGAAUGAUUGCAGGCUCAGCAGCCAGCGACUCGGAACGAACUGUCAAGGCCGCAGGAGACUCAUCCUUCUCCACACUUACCGCUCUCGAGAACCCCAAAGCCGAACACGUAUCUUCGAAACUCGCCUCUUCGGCCCCAAAUCCCGCCUCAUCUCUCUCCAGCCUAACCUCACCCACACCUCCCUCCGACGAGCAGAUCGAACAGGCUGAGAUAAGGCAGGAUGAAGACAUCAUUCACCAGGCGCUGCGGGCCCAGUGGGCCAUCGAUCGAAGCCACGACCUCGAUCGGCUGGCGGGGCUCAAUCUGGCUUCCAGUCCGCAUAUCCUACUCGCCCUCGAAUCAAAGUCAGCCGCGCUGGGCAAAUUUUUGGGCAACAAACUAGCGGACCUAGAGAGUCCUGAAGACUUCUGA